AUUGAUAAAUAGUUGCAUUGUUUAUUUUUCGUGCUGUUGUUGUAAUUUGUGUUUUUUGUACAUAUAUAGUGGGUACCUUAUAUCGAUUUGCUUUCGCCACCGACUCGCUUUUUUUAUAGUUAUUUUUUUUCCACUUUUUUCGCUUUUGAUUAUCGCCGUUCGAAAUCGACAAACGAUCGUCGUGCGCGCGAAUGCCUCACAGUUUGGUUUGAUAAAUGAGUGCAAUAGUAACGGUUUGUCACACCUGCCAGACGCGCAGAACGCAAUUAGGACAAAGUGUUGAAUACUAACUGAAAAGAUAAAGAGCGAAAAAAAAAAUAUUUUUUAGUAAUUACAGCAAAUUAAUUAAUAAUCGUUUAAUUAAGAGUAUUUAUUAUUAGCGUAUAUAAAAUUCAAGUCAAAGAAAAAAAUAUGGAUGACAAGUCAUCAGCACCGUCGCGCGUCUACCCAUCAUCACCACUCGAGCAAACGGUGUCGCCCAACGAGCAGCAGCAAUCGCUAUUGCCACCCGCACCGCCAAGCUAUGCGCAAGCAACAGGUGCCGCACCCACAGAGCCGAACGCAUCGCAUGUUGUUGUAAUUACGCCGGGUGCGCCGAUUAUAUAUGGACCAGAGCCGGUGGAUAUACAGUGUCCCUACUGCCACAAUUACACACGCACACGUUUACGCUUUAGACCCACAUCCCGUACACAUCUGAUCGCAUUACUGCUGUGUCUCUUUCAACUUUAUUGCUUCGUAUGCCUACCCUAUUGCAUUGGCAGUUGCAUGAACACGGCGCAUUAUUGUGGCAUGUGUGACCGUUACCUGGGUACUUUUGUGCGGGAAUAAUGAAAAGUGUAGAAAACGGAGUUUACAACAUUUUUAAUAUUUUUUACACCACACUUUUUAAAUUAAUUACACAAUCUUUCUCAUUUAUAAAAACAAAACAAAAAGUGAAAUAAAAUUAUUUAUGAAAGUUUAA